CGGAUGAGGACAUUUACGACUUUUCGCGAGUAUGUGAACGCGGCAUCCGAGGCUCAGGAGAAAGUUUUAACUGUCAACAAGCUGCGUUCUCGCUCUGGCUCCUGUUUGCUUAGGUAAACUCGUCUAUCUGCAAAUUAGUCCUCUCGGAGAGUGAGAGGACAUGAAAAUGUGUAAAAGUGCUGCGGUGUAGAUAAAACUGAGCUCAGGCAUGGAGAACCGGGCUGUGUCGGUGCUGGACAAACCCGCGGCGGUGCUCACGGUUGUGGACGUGUAUGAGAUAGCGGCGGUGCUAGGGCAGGAGUUUGAGCGGAUGAUAGACAAGUUUGGCUGCGACGCUCUCGUCGCAUUGGUGCCCCGAGUGGUUCGGGUCCUGGAGCUACUGGAGGCGCUGGUGAGCCGCGGAGCCACCGGGCAGGAGGCCGAGGACCUGCGCAGGGAGCUUGACAGACUGCGGCAGGAGCGGCGCGACAGACACGAGCAGGAGAGGAAGCACCAGAAGGAGUUGGAGUUGCUGGAGGAUGUGUGGAGAGGAGAAGUCCAGGACCUGCUUUCUCAAAUCACUCAGCUUCAGGCGGAGAACAAGAGGCUGCUGGUGAGCCUCUCACUUAAAGAGACACCGGUCACAGAGGAAGACCUGCAGAAACAUGAAGGAAUGUCAGAGAAAGAAAAACAAGUGAUGAAGAAACUUCAAGACUUGGUGGAUAAACAGAGAGACGACAUCCGGGCUAAAGAUCAUGAGCUGACGCUGAAAAAUGAGGAUAUCGAGGCGCUCCAGCUGCAGCAGCAUCGGCUGAUAAGGAUGAACCAGGAGCUUCUUCACAGGAUAGGACUGAUGGAGGCUCAGGGCAAGACCCUGAUUCAGCAGAGGGCUGAGCUGGAAGCUGCAGCCCAGGCACAACACCAGGAAGCGGGGGCUCUGCGGCUGGAGGUCACCAGGCUGAAAAAGGAGCUGCGGGAGCUGGAGCGAGAGACAGAAGUCGCUCAGAUAGAAGAGUUGCCUCUGUCAAAUUCUGAGAUUUCUUCACCUGCAUCCCCACUGAUGACUUCUGCAGCAGCAGCUCACCUUUCUAGCUCCUUCAAACCAAAUUCAGUGUGGGUGGAGUGUGGGGGAGAUCCAGACUUUCUGGAAAACUGUUUCGAGUGCGACAAGAGUCUUUCCUUUGUCCGAAAGUCAGCAAACAGAGAGGAUAACAAGGAAGACGGAGAUGAAGAGGAGAACUCAACAACAUUGUUGCUGAACGGAUCGACCGAUGAAGAGCCAGAGGAGGACUCGGACAAGCCUCGCUUCACCCUGCAGGAGCUGCGGGACGUCCUGCAGGAGAAGAAUGAACUCAAAGCUCAGGUGUUCCUGCUGCAGGAGGAGCUGGCAUACUAUAAAAGUGAUGAGCUGAACACUGAGGAGAACACCGGCUCCACUGUCUCCUCUCCGUCUCCUCCUCCGAGCUUACCUGUGGCUGAUCAACGUGAAUCAGGAAUAAGACGCUUGAUCUUCACAGCUAUUAUGCCAAUGGUGGCUGCCGGUUUGAUUACAGACGAUCCAACGUUGUUGCCAAUCAGAAGACUUUCCUUCGUAUGACUUUUUUUUUUUUUUUUUAAACCACACCAUCUCAGCACGAGUUUUCUGACCGACACGCCUGGGUUUAAUGGCUCCGAUCCUUAAUUAUUAAAAACUAAACCCA